AUGAAUGGAGCCGUAGAAGCUGCCAAUAAGAACAUCAAAAGGAUUUUGAGGAAGAUGGUCGACAACUACAAGAAUUGGCACGAGCAGCUGCCUUAUGCUCUGUUGGGAUACAGAACAACGACCAGAACUUCAAUCAGGGCAACUCCAUACCUUCUCAUUUAUGGUACGAAAGCGGUCAUACCCGGAAAUCCCUUCACUCAGAUCAUCCAAGAGGCAGAACUGAAGGAUGCAGAAUGGGUCAAGAACCGUUAUGAACAAUUGGCCAUGAUAGAGGAAAAACGAAUGGUGGCAGUAUGCCACGGACAGUUGUACAGACAAAGAAUGUCUAGAGCCUUUAACAAGCGGGUCAGAACUCGACUUUUCCAGAUCAAACAACUUGUGCUCAAGCGAGUCUUCCCUCACCAAGAGGAAUAUAAAGGAAAAUUCGCGCCGAACUGGCAGGGACCAUACAUGGUCAGAAAAGUACUCUCAGGAGGAGCUGUGGUCUUAGCCGAGAUGAAUGGACAAGAGUGGCCCAAGGCCAUCAAUGCAGAUGCACUUAAGAGAUACUAUGUCUAG